AUGACUGGACCGCCACGACAGCAUUGGGCCAUUACCUCCACAGUACAACCAUGGGAAGUACGUCCAGUCAUCAGUAGGAGACUUGCUGGAGUCCGCAGGAAAUUUGGCCAUAAUUUGGUACACAUGCUAGGAUACAUAGAUAGAAGGAUUAACUGUGCAAUUAAAAAGUUGCUACGCCUUUCUAAAGAUGAUGAAAAAGGAGAAAAAAUGAUGUCAGCCAGUGGCAUUGCAUUAGUGGCCCUCAUAACUUCUGUCGUGAAAUACGCAUUUUGUAACAGUCAAUAUUUCCCUUCAUCGGCUCUUAGAGUUCACAACGAUUAUGAAAUUACCACUCCAGGUAUAGACAGUGAUGCAAAAAUAAUAGUGACAUUACAGCUGCCACAUCUGUCUGACAAUACUCCAAAUUUCGACCUUGGCCAUGGAAGAAAAAAACGAAACUAUCAAGACAAGAGACAAUUCAGUCCUUGGGGUGGCAAGAGAUCAAAGCCAGAGACCACUGAAGGAGGUACCAAGGCCUUGACUCAGAAACGCAGUAUCAUUCCUGUGAGCAUUCGAAGUUUCAGCUCUUGGGGCGGGAAGAGAAAUUUUAAUGCUCGUGGUGAAAAAAGAUCUCCUCUUUCUCGAAAGAGCAACAUUUUGAUUUUAAGCAAAUUUGAUAGAAAUCCAAAAAGGUGGCACAAAAAAUCCAAAUUUUUUAUGCCUCGGGAUGGAAAGAGGUCUUUUAAUUCGUGGGGUGGAAAGAGAUCGUUCAAUUCUUGGGGAGGAAAGAAAUCCUUUAACUCUUGGGGUGGAAAAAGAGCUUUCAAUUCUUGGGGUGGAAAAAGAUCUUUCAAUUCUUGGGGUGGAAAAAGAUCUUUCAGUUCUUGGGGUGGAAAGAAAUCUUUCAAUUCAUGGGGUGGAAAAAGGGCUUCUAAUUCCUUGUUGGAAAAGGAAGUUUUAACUCCUGAGGAAGAAAACGUGUACAAUAAGUGGAAGAGGCUCCAUGAAAGCAUUUACAGAAAUUUACAGAAAUUACAGAAUUUAGUAACAUUAUAAAAAUUUAAAUUGUUUGGAAACUUCACACAGUAUCGAAUUGCUUGGAUUCAGGGAUU